AUGGUUGAGGAAUCUCUAUCCAAAAUGGAGAUUACCUUAAACAAUGGAAAUAAAAUGCCUGCCUUCGGACUGGGUACCUAUAAGAUCCGUGAACCUCAAGUAAUUGAGGCAGCUGUUGAUGCUGCAUUAAAGGCAGGAUAUCGUUUAUUUGAUAGUGCAGCAGUGUAUGGCAAUGAAGCGGCGCUGGGAGAAGCCUUUCGUAAAUUGCUCCCCAAGUAUAACUUGGAACGAGAAGAUAUUUUCAUAACAACCAAAUUAUCGCCGGUGGACCAUGGCGACUAUGAGGUCGUCGAGAGCGCCUACAAGAAAUCCCUAUCAAACCUGGGCGUGGAAUACGUGGACCUUUACUUGAUCCACUUCCCGGGAAGCGUAAGACUUGCCCCAAGUGACGCGCGCAAUCCGGAACUUCGACGCAAGACCUGGAAGGCGCUCAACGAGCUGUACGACGAAGGGCGCGUCAACUCAAUAGGCGUGGCCAACUUCACCGUCCGCCAUUUGCAGGACCUGAACAUUAGGGCCGGCGGCGUGUUCCCGGUGGUCAACCAGGUGGAGUGGCACCCCUACUUCCAUCAGACGGAGCUGCGCGACUACUGCCGCAAGAACGACAUCUGCCUGCAGGCGUACGGCUCGCUGGGCGGCGCGUCGAGCGGCGACAAGGCGCUGCUCGAGGAGCCGCUGGUGAAGGAGAUCGCGGAGGGGCACAAGAGCGGCGCGGCGCAGGUGCUGCUCGCGUGGGCGCUGCAGCAGGACGUCGCCGUCAUCCCCAAGUCGGCCACGCCGGCGCGCAUCCGCGACAACAUCUGCAUCGACUUCAAGCUCACCGAGGCCGAGAUCAACAAGCUCAACGCCCUCGGCGGGAACGCCAAGAAGUACGCCUGGGACCCCAAAGAGAUGUGUACCAACAUAAGAAGAAAUCAACGAGUU